AUUUUUUUUUAUCGUCUCGCUCGUUCUCGGUUCAAUUUCUUGGUUGUCGUUGAUGUGUUUGUGUACGUAAUCUGUCAAAAACAUGCUCUAUCAGGAACUUCGGAGCUUGCCCAUCUGAUUUCUUCUGCUGUUUUGUUCUUUUUGGUUAUAUUCUCCCCGAAAAGCAGGCUUUUUUUUUUGUCUGGCAGUGGUUCCGUGUCGGUUCGAUUGCUUUGUCCGAGCCGGGAAAUCUCCGUUUUCCUGUAACCUUUCGACGUCUCUACAUUCGAAUCGCUUUAAUUGACUUUGAUUCCGAGCAGUUUCCAUUUUCGUUGGAGAGGACCGUCUCUUUUCCGCAUUCUGUCCGGGAUACUGUUCCUGAUAAAUUUGCGGGAAUUGAAGAAUAUGUCUUGUCUUUGACCUAGGGUUAAGAGUUUCUGAUUUCUGGGUUAUUCUCUUUGGGGGUGUUUGAAGACGGGUUUUCAAUGGCGGUGGAGUACGAAUGCUGCGGGACUGAGUUCUUCAUACACAUACUCGUGAUAGUGUUGCUUGUUCUGUUCGCUGGUUUGAUGUCUGGUCUGACGCUGGGUCUUAUGUCCAUGAGUCUUGUUGAUCUUGAGGUUCUUGCCAAAUCUGGAACACCCAGAGAUCGUGAACAUGCUGCCAAGAUAUUACCAGUUGUAAAAAACCAGCAUCUGCUGCUUUGCACCUUACUUAUAUGCAAUGCAGCUGCUAUGGAGACGCUUCCUAUUUUUCUUGAUGCUCUUGUCACGGCAUGGGGUGCUAUUCUGAUUUCAGUUACAUUGAUUCUUCUAUUUGGUGAGAUUAUACCGCAGUCAGUUUGUUCCCGUCAUGGUUUGGCCAUCGGUGCAACAGUGGCACCAUUUGUCCGUGUUCUUGUCUGGAUCUGCUUUCCGGUUGCAUGGCCAAUUAGCAAGCUGCUCGACUUUCUUCUGGGUCAUGGACGUGUAGCCCUCUUCCGGAGAGCUGAGCUGAAAACGCUUGUGAAUUUGCAUGGGAACGAAGCUGGAAAGGGCGGAGAGUUGACUCACGAUGAGACAACAAUCAUUGCUGGGGCUCUUGAGCUAUCUGGGAAAAUGGCUAAAGACGCAAUGACACCGAUCUCUGAUACAUUUGCGAUUGAUAUAAAUUUCAAACUCGACAGGGAUUUGAUGAACUUGAUUCUAGAGAAAGGGCAUAGCAGAAUUCCAGUUUAUUAUGAGCAACCAACUAACAUAAUUGGACUUGUUCUGGUGAAGAAUUUAUUGUCUAUCAACCCAGAUGAAGAAAUCCGUGUAAAAAACAUCACCAUACGAAGGAUUCCAAGAGUUCCGGAAACUUUACCGUUGUAUGACAUAUUGAAUGAGUUCCAGAAAGGACACAGCCACAUGGCUGUGGUUGUGAGACAGUGCGACAAAGUCCAUCCAUUACCAAGCAAUGAUUCUGUCGCUGAGCCGGUAGUAGUAAAGGAAGUCCGAGUAGAUGUCGAUAACGAGAAAACCCAUCAAGAGAGGAUGUUAAAGACGAAGAGGUCGCUGCAGAAGUGGAAGAGCUUUCCCAACCGGGCGAAUUCGUUCAAGCAAGGGUCGAGGAGCAAGAAGUGGUCAAAGGAUAACGACGCUGACAUUCUGAAUCUGAACGGGAAUCGGCUGCCGAAACUAGCAGAAGAGGAAGAAGCUGUCGGAAUCAUUACAAUGGAGGAUGUCAUCGAAGAACUUCUUCAGGAAGAGAUAUUUGAUGAGACGGAUCACCAUUUUGAAGACUCGUAAGAGGGAACCUUUCAAAUGCCAAAUCUUUAAUAGCUUAGGCAAAGAAGCGGACAAGCAAGAGGACCGAUGUACGUCUUUUGUCUGAAGUGGAUAAUAUCUCCGGCAAAUGUAUCAAACUCCAUCCGUUAAAUCAACGAAAAUCUCCACAUCUCAUAAUACCAUUUCCUCCAUUCAUUCCUGGUCUUUCCUUCUUCGUUAGUGGAGGAGACA